CCAAAACAAAAGCGAAUAGAAAACGAAAGUGUCGCCACCAUCAGAACGCAAAGAGAAUAGAAUAAAAUUUUAUUCUUUUGUAGACAGAAAAGUAGACAGAGAAAAAGUAAGAAAAGAUCAACUGUUGCUCGGCAACAUAAAAAAUUCUCUUUAAUUUCGAUUGUGAAUUAAAUCAACAACAAUUUUUUUAUUCUUCGUUCUUUUCUCUACUUCACCUUCUACAUCUACUUGCAAAUCGUUUACUUCUUCACCUUCAUCGUUCAUUUUCCUUUGCUGUUCGUGUUGGUCAAAUGUUCUCACCUUUCUUCUUAUCAUCUCUAUUCUUUCACCCAGUAUUUGUGUUCAGGAGAAGACUUAAUUUUAUCGUUCAAAAUGGAAGCCAAAGUAAGAACAGUUCGUUAUUAAAGUGAUUACAAAGAUUCCAUCUUAUAAUUUUGUUCUGUGAAACCAAAGGAAAAAAAGAGAGAAAAAAAGAGAUAUUCAUCAACCAUUAAUUCUCUUGAAAACCCUUAACAACAGUCACAUGUUUCCAAAUUGAAAAAUUGACUCAAAUUAAUGAGAAUGCGCUGUCACUCUUAAGCCUAAGCGUAAUUAGUGAUUACAAGUUGACAUCAGUCAUAAACACUUAACAAAUUCGGUGUGAAAAUGAUUCUAAUUAAUAAUUUAAUUAAUCAAUUAAUAUCCAUCAUUAUCAGUGAACCUUAUUAUCUUCCGAUACGUUUAAGAAAGUCCAUAAGAUAAAAGAAAUUUCCAGUUUUUGUUUUAUUUGCUCUCUAUUUUUUUUGGUGCCAUUGAUAAUCUUACUAUUGGAAUUGUCUGAAUGAUAAUUGUUACUAUAUCUGUUUAAAUGUUCAAUUUUUUCUUUUCAUCAUUUUAAUCUGAUUCCUGCCAUUCAUUGUAAUCCACGUUCAUUAUUUUCUUACUUCAAUUGUUUUUAUUUCACAUUUUCUGCUGAUAUUUUGUUAUCUUACUUUUGUUCUUUGCCACUGUUUGUUUUGAGUCAUAUUACUAAAUUUUUAGUCGCUGUUAAUGAUGAAUGGAUCACCGACAAUUUCUUCUUCAUCUUCUACCUCAUUAUCCUCAACAACAACUACGCCUGCUACUAAUUCUUUAGCAAGUUCAUUUGGUGGAAAAAAAGGACCCAAAAGACUCAUCGGUUCACUUGGUUUGGGUGCUAAUGGUGGUGCAUUCAAUUGGGAGAUUCCACCAUUUCCAGGAGAAUCAAAGGUUGAACCAAAGGUGGAGGAAGAAUUUGAAGUAAAACUUUUAUGCAAUCGUUCAACCCAAGUUGAAGAUCGAGAUUGGGCUUUAUUGGAAGUUGAGCAGAAUGGGUUUGCUUUUGAUUUAGGCGCUGAUGAGAUUGUAUAUCCAAGUGUAUCUAAACCUGAUCAUGAUGGUGGUUGGUGUAAUGGUGUUGAGACAACUAUAGACGACGAUGGGAUUGUUUUCUCAAAGGAAUAUCUUAGAUCUCGAUGUGAUCCCAAGAUUGAUCGGGGUACAUAUUGUGAAGGAUUUGCUGGUUAUCUUGGUUACGAUGAGAAGGUGGCUAAGCUUUCUUAUGAUUUCCCGCUUGCUGAAUCAACCCACAUUGAAGAAGUACUCAAUGCCUGUCACGGUGAUUAUCAAUGGGCCUUUAAUUUGCUAAGUCAAUUUAAUGAACAACAUUUCACCACGUCUUCUACAAUGGGCAAUCAGGUUAAUGCUGCCAAUUUUGAUGAGAAUAUUCUAGAAUCAUCGUCUACAACUUCAUCACCAUCACCAUCAGCUGAGGAGUUCAACUCUUGUCAAUUGGAAAAUGAUGCGUUUGACAUUGCAAAUCAAUUAGGUUUAGGAAAUUUGGAUCAACAAUCUGCUCAAUAUUCUUUCUAUCUUGAUCCUGCGUUUGCUGUUGAAUUGCAAUCUUCAUUCGGCCAAGUAUUGAAAGAAGGCGAAAUUGAUGAGAAAUACCUUAGAGUGAAUUGUAGUAAAGAAGUGGCCCGAUUGAUUCACUAUCUUUGGAUCAAUGCUUACAACUCACAAUCAAAAGAUAAACCCGCUCAAUACGUUAACCCUUUCAGCUUUUUAUCGUUUAACAAACCUUCGAGUGCCAAGGUAACCAACACUGUCAAUACAAAUAAAAAGGAAUCUAAAGCAAAUAUAAGUAAAGAAGCGCCUAUUGAGCCUAAAAGUGCCUUUCAAGAGAUCAUGGAUCUAGAAAUGGCCAUCAGUCUUAGUCGGAAGGAAUUUAAUUCAUCACAACCAAAUCAAGCCAAUUCUAAACAUGCAAUAUCCACAAAGUUGAAGAGAGAAGCAUUGAAACGUUCAUUUCCAGGUUUGGACGAAAAAGCUUUGGAGGAAUUGUUUGAAGCCAAUGCUUACCGAAUCAAGGAAACAAUUGAAUGCAUUGAAGAUACUUUAGGCAUCCAGAUUACCAUAACUCCCGAAGUUGAUGCCUUAAUCAAGGAAGAAACUGGUUACGUUAAUGAUCAUGGUGAAGCCACUUUUUACAUCAAUUCACAACGAUCAUCAUCACCAAGUGGCUCCUUUAAUGCUGGCGAUGUGAUCAGACAAUUACGCGGUGAAAUUACUCAAUGUGUUGACAAAAAGAGGGAAUUUUCUGAGAAAGGAAAUACCGCCUUCCAAGCAAAAAUGUACGCAGUUGCGAGUUAUUAUAAAGGACAAGCUCAGGAAUUUGAUCGUAAAAUCUUACAACUACGAAGUCAAGUUAUCGAGACUGUUGUUCGAGCUAAUCCAGCAAAUACUCUUGAUCUACACGGAGUCCAUACGAAUGAAGUAUUAACAACACUUGGUAGUUACUUGAGCAAUAAACUUGACGAAUUGAAUCGACGUAAAUUGAAUCGACUUCGACUUUUAAUCAUCACUGGCCGAGGAGCUCAUAGUGUUGCUGGUCCUCGAUUAAAACCUUUGGUCAUUAAUUAUCUUAAACAGAAACAUUAUCGUUAUGAAAUCAUUAACCCUGGAGUAAUUUCCGUGACACUUCCCUAACCAAACCUAAACAUAUCACUUCAAUUUAUACUUUUUUCUUUCUAUUUCUGUAAAUCUUCACAUGUUAACAUUAAUUUAGCAAGACAAAAGAAUAUAUUUUUAGUAACAAAGGUAAUCAAAAAUGAA